GGGAGGAGCCCUUCCCUCACAGUGCCCUGCAGCCUCGUCUGCGGGGAGGGAGACCCCUGAGGAGGCCGUGGCGGGGACCGGGAGGGCGCUUCUUGGCCCCACGCAGCGGUGCCGGGAGUCCCUGCGCUGGGUGCAUUGUGAUGUCCUUGUCCAGCGCCGUUUUCCGUUGUUUGGGAAUCUCCAAAAGUACCACUUGUAGCUACAGUGAGGCUCACACUGCCUUGCUAAGAAUGGCUAGAGAAUCAAAGGAAAGCACAGCCCUGGACACCCACUCUGCAGAAGACCAGAUGGGGCUUCUGGUCAUAAAGGUGGAGGAGGAAGAGGCCUCUGCCUUUGCAGAAGAGGCCAGUUUGCCCUGCAGCCCUGAUCAGGGCAAGGAACACUGCCGUCAGCGCUUUCGUGCUUUUUGCUAUCCAGAGGCCACAGGCCCCAAAGAGGUGCUGAGCCAGCUCCGGGAGCUGUGCCGACAGUGGCUGAGGCCUGAGACACACAGCAAGGAGCAGAUCCUGGAACUGCUGGUGCUGGAGCAGUUCCUGACCAUCCUGCCCAGGGACCUGCAAAACUGGGUGCGGGAGCAGCAUCCAGAGAGCGGGGAGGAGGUGGUGGUGCUGUUGGAGUAUUUGGAAAAGCAGCUGGAUGAGCCCACACCGCAGGUCCCAAGUAACCAGGAGCAAGAAUUACUCUGUUGCAAGGUGGCACUAUUGACACCAGCCCUAGGGUCACAAAAUAGCCAGUUCCCGCUAGUGAAGACUCUGCUCAAGCAUGAAUCUUUGCGAUGCCAGCCCUUACAAGACAGAGUUUCCCAUGGAGGCAGCUGCAGAGAAGACACAGUGGUAGCUGCCAGGCUCACUCCAGAGUCCCAGGGGAUGCUGAAAGUGGAAGAUGUGGACCUGACCCUGUCCCCUGAGUGGACACAGCUAGAUUCAUCUCAGGUGAACCUCUACAGAGAUGAAAGGCAGGAAAACUGUGACAGCCUGGUCUCCCUGGCUGGUGAAGUGCAGAGUAAGCUCAGGAAUUUGCCUGUAGCUGAGGAACAUGCAGAACAAGAUCCUGGGCAGAUACCAUGCCAUCAGGGUGAAGAUGUUGCCCAAAUGCCUACCCAUGCAGAAGCUAGUGAACAGGAGGCCAGGUUACAAAGAAAGCAGAAAAAUGCCACAGGGAGUAGGCGACACAUUUGCCAUGAAUGUGGAAAAAGUUUUGCUCAGAGUUCAGGCCUGAGUAAGCACAGAAGAAUCCACACUGGAGAGAAACCCUAUGAGUGUGAGGAGUGCGGCAAAGCCUUCAUUGGGAGCUCUGCCCUUGUCAUUCAUCAGAGAGUUCACACUGGUGAGAAGCCAUAUGAGUGUGAAGAAUGUGGCAAGGCUUUUAGUCACAGCUCAGACCUUAUCAAACACCAGAGAACCCACACUGGGGAGAAGCCCUAUGAGUGUGAUGACUGUGGGAAAACCUUCAGCCAGAGCUGCAGCCUCCUUGAACAUCACAGAAUUCACACUGGGGAGAAGCCAUACCAGUGCAACAUGUGUGGCAAAGCCUUUAGGCGGAGUUCCCAUCUCUUGAGACAUCAGAGGAUCCAUACUGGAGAAAGAAAUAUUCAGGAACCUGACUGGGAAGGUCAGGGUAGGAUGGAAAACCAGUGGGAAAAUGUUGGAACUCCUGUGUCUUAUAAGUGUAAUGAGUGUGAAAGAAGUUUUACUCAGAAUACAGGCCUUAUUGAACAUCAAAAAAUUCAUACUGGUGAGAAACCCUAUCAAUGUGAUGCAUGUGGAAAAGGCUUCACCCGAACUUCAUACCUUGUUCAACAUCAGAGAAGCCACCUAGGGAGAAAAAUUUUGUCUCAGUGACUGGUGCUGAACAUGCCAAAGUCGGAGCUGAACUGAAGCCAGCCUGAAGCCCUUACUGGCUACAGAAGCUGAGGGCUGGGGUUUUACUUACCAAAACAUCAUCAAGUGUUAGAAUAUAUAAUCUGGCUGAGAUGAAUUAUCUUCUACAUUCUAAAAGUUGAUUAGAACAAAACUUAUUUAUAGGAGGCUAUGGGAGAGUUGUUUGGAAUUAAAUUGAUUUCUAGACUGACAAAAUGCUCUCAGCCAGCACUUUAUUAUGAUGUCUACUGGGUGGAUGAUUGUGAUUUGGGGGCUCACUAUCCUGACCAUUCUUUUUUACUAUAAUGAAUCCUUGAUGCUUGGUCAGAUUCAUGAGAUCUUACAUCCUCUGUGCCUUCUAAACAGGUGCUAAUAAACGUUUAUUAAAUGUA